AUGGAGCAACUCGCAGCCUGGGACCGAGCCAGACACGCCCGCCUAUUUGACGGCUCUGUUGGCGGCGUUGUCAGCUUCUCCCUGCAAGGAUCCGCCGGUGUUUAUUUGGCACCAAUUAAGCUGGGAUUCCCACCUAAAGAGUUCAAGGUGCUGAUUGAUACCGGGAGUGAGGUGUUGUGGGUUAAGUCGAAUGCUUGUGCUAACUGUCCACGCUAUAAUCGUCUCGGGAUGCCGCUUAAUUUCUUUGAAUCGGCAGCCUCAUCCACUGCUGGGUCGCUUUCCUGUUCGAAUCAGUUUUGUGCAGCAGUUGCCAGAACCGCCGCAACUCAUUGUGUCUCUCAUCAAUGCUCAUACACAAUCCAAUAUGCAGAUGGGAGUGGAACAUCGGGCCUUUAUAUGACAGACAAGUUUUAUUUGAGUUCCAUCUCACCGGACUCAAUGGUCGCCUCCUCCUCGGCACUUGUUGUCUUUGGUGUCAGCACCUACCAGUCGGGUGCCUUGGUGGAUACUUACAAUGAAUUUGAUGGAAUCUUUGGAUUUGGUCGAGGGAUAGUCUAUACUCCCCUUGUCCCAUCACAGCGUCACUGCAACUUAUAUCUCCAAAGCAUCGUUGUUAAUGGGCAGAUGUUGCCCAUUGAUCCAGUAGUGUUUGUGACGUCAACUCAUCAUGGGACAAUUGUUGAUAGUGGAACAAAUAUGGUAUACAUCACCGAAAAAGCUUACGAUCCCCUUGUCAAUGCUGUUACCAGUGUUGUCUCCCACUCUGCAACUCCGAGAAUACAUAGUGGACGUCAAUGUUACUUAAUCGGUUCCAGUGUAUCUCAUAUAUUUCCGCUAGUGAGUUUUAGUUUUGUGGGUGGAGCUUCGUUGGUAAUAAAACCACAAGAAUACCUUAUUGUUUCAGAUGAGGGUAUUGGGAUGUGGUGUCUAGGAUUUCUGAAGAAUAAUGGACAAACAAUUUUAGGAGAACUCAUUUUGAAAGACAAGAUUUUCGUGUACGAUAUGGAUAAUGGACGGGUUGGAUGGGUUGAUUACAAUUGCUCAUUAGUAACAAAUAUUUCUCUAUCUAACAAAGACUUCGCAAGCCCCAGCCAAUCGAACUUAAGUAGUUCUUAUAGAGACUUGUCCUUGGAGUUGUGGCCUCCAGCCAUUGCAGCUCUCUUGUGCACGUGUUGGGUCUUAUUGAUAGUUAGCUAUUAG